CUUCGUGAAUCAUUUUGUGUGUAAAAUUUUCCUCCGGUUUACGGAUAAAAUUCGUGUAGACGGCCCAGAGUCCGCGAAUUUUAUCAUCCUUUCCAGAAGCGAGCAUUUUCCCCAGCAUUGCCCGUACACGGUGUUGUGUAGCAUCUGCGGCGCCAAAGUGUUAGGUGUGUAGGAGGGCGUUUCCUCGCUGUUUGUGUCGACUGCCCCAAAUUCGAGUCAUUUAAAGUCAGAUCUCAACCGAUAGUAUUUACACCGACGGUGGGCAACUAUGACUGAAAGGCACACGUUUGGUGGGACGGUGAACCCAAUCACUUGCCAUGCCUGGAAUAAGGAUCGUUCCCAAAUCGCCAUCUCGCCGAACAACAACGAGGUGCACAUUUACAAGCGCGAGGGCUCGGAUUGGAAGCUAAGCGAUGUGCUGAAUCAGCACGAUCUGCGUGUAAUGGGCAUCGAUUGGGCGCCAAACACGAACCGGAUCGUAACAUGUGCCGUCGAUCGAAACGCGUACGUGUGGACACAGGGCGACGAUGGCAAGUGGAAACCGACGCUGGUUCUGUUGCGUAUCAACCGUGCGGCCACCUGCGUCCGUUGGUCUCCGCUGGAGAACAAAUUUGCCGUCGGAUCAGGUGCCCGCUUGAUCUCGGUGUGUUACUUCGAAUCGGAGAACGAUUGGUGGGUUUCGAAGCACAUUAAAAAACCGAUCCGCUCCACGGUGACGUCUAUCGAUUGGCAUCCGAACAAUAUGCUGUUGGUGGCCGGUUCGACCGAUUACAAGGUGCGUGUGUUUUCGGCCUUCAUCAAGGACAUCGAGCAGCACCCGGAACCGACGGCAUGGGGACCGAAGAAGCCCCUCGGGCAGAUACUGGCCGAGUUUAAGAACUCAACGAGCGGUGGUGGAUGGGUGCAUAGCGUGAGCUUCUCCGCCGAUGGUAAUACGAUCUGCUGGGUAGGCCACGAUAGUGCCAUCAACAUCGGAAUGGCCAACGGGGGCAAUGUGACCAUUAAGCAGAAAACGGAAUACCUUCCUUUCCUGUGCUGCGAGUGGAUCUCGCCCCAUUCGAUCCUGGUGGCCGGGCACAGCUGCGUCCCGUUAAUCUACACCGUCGGAGAUGGCGGAAAAAUUGUGCUCGCUGCCAAGCUGGACCAAUCGACGAAGAAGGAACAGAGCGGGAUUUCAGCGAUGCGCAUCUUCCAGUCGCUGGAUCGCAAUCUGCGCACGGAGAAUUCCGAUACCAGCCUGGAGUCGAUUCAUCAGAAUGCUAUCACGUGCGUUUGCAUGUACAGCGGCGAGAAGGGCAAUGUGCAACGGGUCAGCACGUCCGGUUUGGACGGGCAGCUGGUUAUUUGGGACAUCGACACCCUUACCCGGUCCAUGCAGGGGUUGAAGCUUUAAAAACAAAAACUGGCAUCACGCGCUUAACCUGGUUAUAGUAUUCCUCCAGUAGGACCGUUCGAUGCAUUUGCGCAAUGAAUGCUUCUUCCGAAUCAUUGAGAAUAAAUAUGGCA